AUGAUUAGUCAUCAAAUUCCUUCCCGACCAUGGCAAUUUGUGGGAACAGAUUUGUUUGAGUUCAAUGAGAAGCCCUACCUCAUUACUGUGGACUAUUUUUCUAACUACUUUGAGGUUGAUCAUCUCAAAGAUAAAACAGCCAAAACAGUCAUACCUAAGAUGAAAGCUCACUUUGCGCGACAUGGUUUGCCUGAGCGUGUAAUAUCUGAUAAUGGACCUCCUUACAAUAGUGCUGAUUUUGUAAGAUUCUCUAACGAAUAUGAGUUUGAUCAUAUUACCAGCUCUCCUACCUAUCCCAAGUCCAACGGAAAAGCUGAAAAUGCUGUGAAGACUGCAAAACAGAUCAUGCGUAAAGCCCUUGAAGAUAAAGCUGAUGCUUACCUAGCACUCUUAGAUUGGAGAAACACACCUAGUGAAGGUUUGAAAUCGUCUCCUUGUCAACGUUUAUUUGGACGUCGUUGUAGAACACUUCUUCCAACCUGUACUUCAUUACUUGAACCUAAGUUAGUUACUGAUGUUAAGUCUAAGCUUGAAGAAAGGAAAUCUCAGCAGACUGCUUAUCAUGACAGAUCAAGUAAAGAACUCUGCUUAUUGAAAACAGGGGAUAUUGUGCGCGUAAAACCUGUUGGAAGUGAUAAACGAUGGGUAAAAGCUCAAGUUGAAAAUCAAGUGGAUGUUCGCUCGUAUGAUAUUCGUACAGAUGGUAGAACUUACAGAAGAAAUCGUCGUCACUUGCGUAAGACUAGUGAUCUACCGUGUGUGGAAAAACCCAAUUUUCAGCAUACACCUACACGUACUGUGCCUGAGUUAGCGUGUGCGCGCUAUCCUAAUAAUUUGUCAGAAACUGGUAAUUCCAAUAAACUGCCGAUAGUAUCGCGUUCACCUGUGAAAUCUAAGAACUCUACUGUUAAACAAACUGAAGGUGUUAGUCCCAAACCUACAACUAGAGUUAGUGGAAGAACAGUUAAAAAACCUAAUUACUUAAAAGAUUACAUUACAAAUUGA